AUGUCCGCAUCGUCUAAGACACUCCAAACACCCAUUUGGUGUGAUAAUGAUGGUCUAGGUGUAGAAAAGUCACACCAUGACAGCUAUGACACUAUCAACUGGACCCUCGACUCGUUAAACAAGGAGGAACAAGUUGACCGUCCAUGGAAGUGUCCGGCGUGGCCCUCAACAACUUCACUCAUCUUCGGAGCAACCGAAGAAACGCACGAUCCAGGGGAAGAGGGGAGGGUAGACCAAAUCACUCAGGAUAUACAUUCUUCUGACUAUGGGGUCCUUGAUUUUGGAACCUUCGAACAAAACGCUUUUUCUUCCAAUAUCCCCGGGAUUCGUUUUCAUCAUGUACCCAACGGUUUCACCGGUACUCCCGGGGAAGAUGUCCUUGUGCUCACUUCCCAUAUCGUAGCUUCUGGUUGGGGUGAUCCGUGUUUCCGAUCCGAUAUACAGUUGCUUUAUUGUCCACAAAGCGACUCAAAAUCUCCUCACAAUCUGUCUCAUGUUGAGACAACCUGUAUGCGUAUACUUGGCGAGGUCAUGUUCUCCCGGCACUACUCACUGAAGCGAGUAGGAGAGGAGAUAAGUCUUUAUUUCCCAAGGCUUCGUUGCACAGUUGUGACUACAUUAGAACUCCAGAAGACACUCUACAAUGGAAGAGGACGAUUGAUAUUAGAAGAUUCAUCACUGAAAUUGGUAUCAGUUGAUUCACCUGAAUAUCAAAGCGGGUUUGAUGAGUCGGACACGGAGUCUACACUGGUGAAUGAUGGAUGUGAUGGAGACCUGUUCUUCUUCUCAAACUGCAGUGAAAAGCUCUUUUUAAACAAAACUCCAGGGGUGAGUUGUCGUAUGAUACCAGAUGUUUUUGAUUCAGAAAGUGAAACUCUUAGAAGUGUAAUAGUUAUCACUGGAAGAUGGAUCCCACAAGAUGAACAGAGUAUGAUGACUGGUAGAGUUGUGUCGAAUUGUCUACGAACCAAAGGUUGGUCAAAAUUCCGUCAGUCUCAAAUCGCAAGUUGUAUUCAAAGGAAAUAUGGAGCUUCAAGGUCCCAGCUACAAUUGGAAAUCAAUUACUUUCCAAGUAUGAUAGAUUCGGAGUUUAAACCUGAAAUAUUGAAAACAAUCCAACAGUUCAUCCAGAGUACAAUUCGUGUUGACGCCUUGGAAGGGUGGGAACCUGAUGAUAUCUCGCACACUCUGGCUGCUAGAUUACAAAAGGAGUUGAACCGUGAGACCACAUCAACAAAUGUUGAGGAUCUGGUGUUAUCUGUGAAUUGGAACGAGAUGCGUGAGGCAGUGAAGAAGAAACGAUGUUCUAUCAUCAAUGGUGCGAUUGUUCUAACAAGGGGAGAUGACGGGUUGGACAGUAUUGACGGAAUGUCUGAGGCAUCUGACAUGGAUAUCUAA